AUGGCCAAAGCCUUCAAGAAAGAUUUAUUAGCUGAGAAAUUUGAAUCUGUUUCCCUUGGCUGUCAAACAAUUCUAUUGUCAUCAAAUGAUGCCCCAGCAAUGGUUGGCUUGAAGGAGGGCUUUUGUGGCUUAUUAAAAAAGAAUGAUAUCACUUGUUUAACUGUUCACUGUCUGAUUCAUCAAGAAGCGUUAUGUGGAAAAGCCAUUAAGAUGUCCCUUGCAAUGAAAUUAGUUACCUCAAUUACUAAUUUUAUUACAGUGCUGGAAAAUGCUUGCAGUACUUCUUUCCUGAUAAGAAAAGAAAUUCUGCAGUUUUUGCAAGAAGUAGUAUCCAGUGAUACUGCUCAUUUUGAAAAAGCUUUAAUGGACAAAGAUAUGUUGAGUGAAUUAGCCUUCUUAACGGAUUUCACCGAACAUAUGAACAAUUUGAAUUUAAAAUUGCAAG